AUGGUGGAACGUCCAACUCACGUGAACUCCAGCCAGAACAAAAACUACUCAAGCAGUCAGGCGGUUCUCCCACCAGCAUCUAUACUCACCAGGGGGGGGCAGCGCGAGACGAAGGGGAACUUCACCGCAGAGCCGGUGAAGUUGUUUGUGUACGAGGCACACCAGGGACUGUCGCGGUGUGGGCUGCAGCUCGCCUUUCACGCCAACUUCACCUUCUCCCUCUCGCCUCGAUCUGGCCACGUGGGCUUCAACGGCUUAGCGUUUGUCCUCUCGGCAACGGACCAGGUGGGGAGUGGCGCUGGUGUGGGGUAUGGUGGAAUGGACACACGGAGCAUGGCGGUGGAGUUUGACACUCUGCGGAACAAGGAGCAUGGCGACAUGAGCAGCCAGCAUGUGGGGCUGAACGUUCGAGGCGAGGACAAAUCGCUAGUCGCUGUGAGGUCGCCCUUCCCUUUGAGCAACAGGAGGGCGUACACGGCGUGGGUGGACUAUGAGCCAGGAGACCCCGGCACCAUCCAGGUCUUCCUGGCUGACUCGCAGGAGAAGCCGCAGCAGGCGGUGCUGGAGUGGAGGCUGGCGCUGUGUGAGGUGCUGCAGGGUGCAGUUGAUCAGCCCGCCUUCUUCUUUGGCUUCGUGGCGUCCACCACUGUGAAGCCGUUUCAGCGGCACGUCAUUCUUGAAUCGACAGUGGAUACAGGUAAGCAGUGUGUGCUGGCAGGGGGAUGGGCUUGGCAUGGUGGUUAA